UAAACACUCAUCUCCAACACAUGUUCAUUUUGCCAACCUUUGAUUAGCUGUGAUAAGUAUGAUAAAUACAGUCAAAUACUUUGCUCUUUUAGAGAGUUUAAAGUUUAAUAAAGCACUAGCAAAUAAUGCAGAAAACUCCGAGACUCUUAACACCGUGGAAAAUAACCUUCUUGUUUUUGAAAAAUAUGCCAAACUUGAUGUUUAUCAGCAGUUGCAUGAAUUAUGCGACGAAUAUCAUUUAACAAUCAAACAGGAAACCAGUAUAGUUUCCGGAAUUGAACCCAUUAUUUCGUACAUAGUGAGACUGCAACAUGUUCUGCAUUCGAUCACGAAAAACAUUAAUUUCCAUAGCGACGCCAAGGAGGAUCUUAUAUCGGUAGCGCACCUCAAACUUUGCAUCCAAGCUACUCAGGAGUUAUCCUAUUAUUCACUUCGAUGUCAACUGCAUGAUGAUUUCUAUAAGUCCCCCAUUUUUCAUGAAGCGCAAGGGAAAGUUAAGUCCAAUCUUUCCUUGUUACUUUUAAGCAUUCAAUUUUUUGUAAGUAUACUGCCUAUCCGGCAGUUUCACAUAGCUAACUCCAUGGAGCUGGUACAAAGGGAUCUUUUGGCGGCCAUCAUGAGUCUACGUGUUCACGAUGAUUCUACCCACCUGGAUAAUGCUUUAUCCUACCUCUGGCAACAUGAAUCAAAAUCAGAUUUCUUCCGCCACAUCUUGCUUUUAAAAGCUACACCUCUCUGCACUCCGUUGGCUAAAUUGUUGCACCAUCAACUUCUAGGAAAGUUAAACUCCCCCCAAGGAUUUGCCAGUUUUGUGGAUGCACUUCAACAAACUCCUAAUGUGAGUCCUACAAGAAAUGCGGAAAUAGUUGCUAGUAUUGUGGCUAGGAAAGGGUUCUCGCCACUUGCCCAAGAGAAGAUGAUUCUUCAAGUGCUGGAGUAUUGUAAAUUCUAUCUUCAGGAUGUGGACAAAAUGUGUCCCGGUGUCCUAUCCCUUAGAAGACUAUACGAUUUAAAUGAUACAAAUCAAAAGCAAAUAGAAGAGAUAUUAUCCAGUCACUGGGAAACGCUUAUAAACCCAGAAGAUGUUAUUAGUGGCCUUAUUCUAAUGGAUCACCAGGAAAUCUGCAAUCGCAUCCUCUUGUGGCACAAACUUUUCUGUUCGUCUAGCGUGGCUUGCUUGCCCAGUAUCCUAAUAAUUCCCUACCUUCCUUUGCUCCUCCAACUUUAUGAUAGCUUACCUUUGGAAUUACCCGCAUCAUCGCAACUUUCUGGCAUCAUCUGUCGUUGUCUGGAUAACAGAGAGAGUGACAAAGAAUUGCCUUAUAUACUUAAAAGGUUGUUUACAUGGAAAGUUAAAGAAGAACCUCCUUGGAAAUGUUUUCACCAACGCAUUCUCAUUCUGCCUUCCACGAACUCAAAACAAAUUCAAGUUAAAGUCGCUCAUAUGGAUCACCAAGUGGAUCAUGAUAUCAGCAGGAUAUUGCCUGGACUGCUUAUAUCCAGUUCUCAUCAUUCACUCACCUGUAAUGUUUUCCUGGCUCUUUUAAGCUUCAUGGGUAACGAGUUACAGCAGAAGUCUUCAGCGAGUGUAGAUUUUAUUUCAUCGGAAACGGAGCUCAAAGACUUUUUGCACACCAAGUACCAACUAAAGCUGAAUUUACUUAUUGCCCUUAACCAAAUGGUUUCCCACCAACCGUUGAGAGCUCAACUUGCCUUGCAUACCAAGGAGUUCUUGUUUAUACUAAAAACAUUUUUGCUUCACCGAUCUGGUGACACGGAAACAACGGACCAUAUCGUACUCCUCGUACUUAACCUAUUUCAGGAACUUCUUGAGGGUAGUGAGGAUCUUCGGAUGUCAGAGGGCAGCAAAGAACUCAAAAAACAACUGGAGCACUUAGGUUCUCACUCCUCCAACUCUCUCAUACAGGAAUCUGUAAGAGCAUUGCUUAAAAUAAUCGAAGGAACAUGGAAACCAAGCGAAGCUCUCAGAGUGCAACCAUUUCAAAAAGCUCGGUCCCUGAUAGAAGAAAAGCAAUCCCAUCUUCAGGUAUACGGCAUUCAGUUGAUGAUGGAGUUGCUUAAGAAGAAAGAUCCAGCAACUAUGUCGCAGGGUCAUCUUAUAAUAGCUUUAGCUCUGACCACUCUUAAGGAGAAGGAAUCCUAUACUUUCCUUAAUUGUGUUCGGCUUUUUGUUUCGCUUGUUUAUGUUAUGGAGUCAGAAGUCUUGGACAAGCUAAGUGAAGAAUACCUCUCAGAGACGGCGGAAUUGGACUACCGUCUGGUAGUGGGGGAAGCUCUACUAAAAGUAGCUCAGGAGUUAGGUCCACUUUGCUAUCGGUACAAGGCUGUUCUCCUUAAUUGCUUCAUGCAGGGAACCCGGUCUCCUGUUAACGAAUUCCGAAUGUCAGCAUUCGCUAAUCUCGCCCAGCUUUGUCGACUGUUGGCCUAUCAAGUGCAGAACUUCUUCCAGGAGCUUCUCCAACUGGUGAAUAAUGAAUUAACAACCGGUAGCUAUGUGCCCGCUAAGCGAGCAGCUGUCUUGGUCUUAACUGAACUAUUAAAUGGAAUGGAGAAUCUACUGGACUAUCAAGAAAUGCUUCUACCCAUUUAUCGACUUUUAAGAGCCAUCGAAGCGGAGGAGUCAUGUGACUCACAAAUGAGACUGCAUGCUGCCAAUGGGCUGAAAAUAUUAAAUGCGAAGUGUCGAAAUAUGAUUCAAUCCAGCUUGGCGGAGAUAUCGUUACAAAAACAGAUUAAGGUACUGGGCAUCAAAGACGAUGUUUCUUCUCAAAGGAAAAACAGCCACAUUCUUGAGCUGAAUUAAAGUUUAAUUUAU